CUAGUUGUACUAUUAUUUUUGCUUGGUGUUUGGUGUUUCUAACCACGAUGAUGAUGAAGUUGGGUUCAAUUUUCUGUUCGUUUCUCUUCUUUUUCUUUGUUUACUUUUAUUUUCUAAGAAACACAGAGUUCAAAAAACCUAAGAAUAAAAAGCGAAACAUAGGGUAUAUUCCGGAUGAUUUGGUAGUGAACAUACUCUCAAAGGUUCCAUUGGCAUCUCUAGCAAGAUUUCGAUCGGUAUCCAAAGGAUGGAAUGCUCUGAUCAAAGGUGUGAUCAGAUUCGAGAAAUCGUCUCAGAUCAUGUUGAUUGAUUCUAGGGUUUAUUUAGUAAGCAUUGAUUUCCUUGGGGCUCAAGACAACAUUGUAAACAUAAAAAGUCAGUUUAGCCUCAAAGAACCCCUUUCUAACUCUUCCAAAGAAGUCGAUAUACGUGAGGUUUUUCACUGCGAAGGCUUGUUGUUAUGUACCACUGAAGACGAUAGACUAGUGGUUUGGAAUCCAUGCUUAGGUGAAACCCGUUGGAUCAAACCAAGAAGUUCCAAUAAUUUGACACGGUCGACACGUGAUAUCUACGCUCUCGGUAAAUCCUCAUGCAACAAGUACAAAAUCUUGAGGAUUGCUCUAUAUGCACAUGGACGUGCACAUAUGACGCCACACCUAUACGAAAUCUAUGACUUCACUUCUAACUCGUGGAGGGUUGUUGACCAGACUAGAGACUGGUUCAUGCCAAGGUUAGGGCGUAGCGGCACGUAUGUGGAUGGAAAUACGUACUGGCUUGCUUUUAGUUAUACUAAUGAACAGCCUUGGACGGAUAUCUUACUGAGAUUCGAUUUUUCAAAAGAGAGAUUCACAAGUAUGUAUAUUCCUUCUUCUGGCAGAAAUUUUGCUUUGUCUGUGACUAGAGAAGCGCAAAAGCUUUGUAUGUUAGCUUCUCGUGCCGACCAUAUAGAUGUAUGGAUAGCAACCAAGAUUGAUAGUACCGGCUCCAUGUCAUGGAGCAAGUUCCUAACAUUGAAACGAGUCUAUAACGACCAGAAUCGGGAGUUUAUAACUGGGAUGAAUUUCUUGGCAGACGAGGAGAAUAAAGUUAUAGUGUGCCCCGGUGAAUCUAUGGUAUCUGACAGGUUCUUACACAUUGUGGGAGAGGAUAAAUACAUACAGGUGGACCAUCAUGAGGCAGGUUCUAGAUGCUCACUUCUCCCUAGCUAUGUUCUCCUUCAAAUGCAACAAGGUUCUUUGGGGUAGGUGCAAGGAAAGCACCAAUCACAUGUCUUGUAAUUGUAAAACUAGGUUUACUUAUGCAUUAUCUAUCCAACUUCAUGAUAUUUUAUAAAAAAUGAAAGUACUUUUUGCUACUUUUAUAUGUUGGAAUUUUUUUUAUUUGAGUUAAUUAGUAUAUCUUCCUUACAUAAAGAAUACAGUAAGUCAGGAUAAUGAGAGUAGGUAAAAUCAUACAAAAGUAAAUAACAAGAUCAUUCAUCUCUCUUCUUCCCAGUCUUGUACUCCAAAUGUUGAUCCUUCCUAUAAUCAAAAGAAAUAAUUCAAAGGGUUAAAAGCCAUGAAUAUCUGGACCUGCUUCGUAACUUAUCUCUAUUAGCUAAGCAUGUUACAGUUAUAUAUGUCACUUGCUAUAAUGUAAUAUGCCAAGUUCAGAACAUGUUGAGAAAAAAAGUAUAUCAAGUCUGUUCAUCACUCCAUAAUAAAAGGGACAAUGUUAACAGGAUAAACACGAAUCAUCAUCUAAUAAGCAUGUAUGAAACCAUACAAAGCGCAUAAGAGAGCGCAAAUAAAAUCAAUUUCAAAUGCAAUAUAAAGAUCAAUCAUUAGUACAUACAAUUCUUUAGAGACUUGCAGCAACAGUAGCAUAAGAUGAAAACAGUAGAUGCUUCUGCCUUUUAGUUGAUACUAGCAAGAGUAGUAUAUUAAAUGAAGUGAAAGGCACACAGUAUUGUUAUAAGCUCACCACACAAGCAUUGAACAGUCUCUGUGGGAUCGCAUUGGAUAAAGUAAGUGGCUUUCAUGCGCUUCACACGGAGCAAACAAGAUCAAACGCAGACUAAUCAGUCUUGCAACCAAGGCCAAACCUCUCACAUUUCCCAGUUAAAUAACACAUAACGACCGAACAAAGAUGACUGCGCUAAAGUUGGCUUUUUCUUCUCACACUCUAGCUGAACAUUGAACUAAAGGCAAGAACCAAAGACUUGUUCGGCUUCAGGUUUAGGACUAUCGUCGGUUAAGCUUUAUUUAAACCGGCUGAAAGAGAGAGAGUGUUUUCAUUUGUCUUGUAUUACUCUUUUAAAAGUCCCACAUCGCUAACAAUACAAGAGUGGAAGGCAUGAGGAGUAGUAUAAAAGAAGAGGCCAUGAAACUGAGCAAUUCAUACCUUUCUCGGCCUUUUGGCUAAGAUCAAGUGUAGUAUCUGUUCUUAUCAGUUUAAUAUCUGAUAUGUGGUCUAUCGGGUCACACGAUAUUAACUCUAUUUUUUAAGGGAAGAUGCCCAUCAAGAUAGCUUGCUAUCUGGGUCUCUAUGAGUCGUCCAUGCGUUGCACUAUUGCAUGGGCUUGGCUUAUCCCGCCAAA